AUGAAGCCCAGCAUCAAGAACAAGCUGGAUUCCGCCAGGUUUCAGCUGCUUGGACCACAUCCAGACCGUGUCGAGGGUCAUAGAGAAGAACAAGCCGCAUACGUAUUGACGCUUCCAAAUCUUCGGAACUUCAUCGUACGUUCUAACAAAAUGGAGAAUGACUUGAAAGAAGAACUGAAGAGAGAGAUGAGAGCAGCGUGGGUAGCAUUCGCACCCAUCAGGGAGGCUAUGGACCAACUGACGUACCAGCAGCUCCGUUCCUAUUUGUUCGACUCGACAGUUCUUGCAGCUACGCAGAAGAGAAGUGGGCAGAUACCGCUGCCACGUCAAGAAGCUAUUUACUACCCACAGAGCCCUUGA